GAAAUAAAUAGCAAAACCAUUAAUUUAGCGUUCUCUGUUUUGUAGUGUGCACUUUGGCUCUGUUGUUGCUUUGUAAUUUGAUCUUUGAUCCCAACAAUUGUAGUAAAGCUAAACGAAAUGUCAAGUCACAGGUAAAUCUCAAGUAUUUGUAGUAUUUCCUUGGGUUAUUAUUGUUGCAAGGAAUAACUGUUUAAUAAUUAGUAAUGUCUGUUUUUAGUGCUUCAUCCUCAAGUGACAUUUCAGUCGACUUAACCGAUGCCUUUCGAAGUAUGAUACUGAACAAGCGUUUCGUGUUGUGGGAUGAUUUUGAAAGCGCCUUAAAAGAGUUCCAAAAAGUAUGGAACUAUAAUUUUAUCGCUUCUCAGACUACUUAUACUCGUUACAUCCACACAGAAAGCAGAUUGCUGAAGGAUGUCAGGUUCAAAUACCUGUUUGUAUCGUUUAAUUGUACGUUUGGUCACAAACGGAAAUCGGAAGGUUUGAAAGUGAGGCAAAAAUCGUCUAAAUUCCGUAAUUGUCAAUCUAAAUUCCGUGUAAGACUAGAAGAGCAAGGAUAUGUAAUCAAAUCCUACAAGAUUAUACACAAUCAUCCAUGUAGUAGUUCAUGGAUGGUAUGUGAUCCAUGGACAAGGAGAUUAUCGUCAGAAGAAAAAGAGAACUCGAAGCCCGUAAUACUUCACUGUGAGUCAGCAGACGAAGUUAUCGAAAGUAAAAGAAGAAAUCUUACAGGUAUUGUAGCAGAUGGAAGUUACACAAUACCCAGAACUUCCAAAAUUAUACAUUACCUGCAUUACCACGACGGAGUGAAGUGUAUGUAAGUAUUCAACGAAGCCAAAGAAUCCAUAAACAUCGCAUCAUUGAGAAGUAUGGUGAACGUUUUGCAACGGAAGUUGAGAAGAAAGUGGACAAUUAUUACUUAAGAAUUCUUAA